CGCACCAUCGUCACUCGUCAGUACAAGAAGAGAUGUUAGGACCUCUCGCGCGGGGAGCGCUCUUCUUUCUUGCCGUCUCGAUCGUCCUGUGCACCGGCGUUCUCCGUUCCGACGCCACCAGGUCCGCCGCCGUGGUCUCGCUUGACGACUACGAGGAGGACAGCGGCGGCGACUCGCCCUCCUUCUCCUUCACCUUCCCGGAGACGCGGCCUCGCGGGCUGGUGUUCGGGUUCUACGACGAGACGUGCCCGGACGCCGAGGAGAUCGUGUCGUCGACGGUGCGCAGGCUCUACCACGCGGACUCCAACGUCGCCGCCGCGCUCGUUCGCCUCUUCUUUCACGACUGCUUCAUCCACGGCUGCGACGCCUCGGUGCUCCUGGACCGCGUCGGCGGCCGCAGGUCGGAGCGGGACGCCGGCCCGAACCAGUCGCUGCGAGGCUUCAGCGCCAUCGAGGCGAUCAAGCAGACGGUGGAGGCGGCGUGCCCCGGGACCGUCUCCUGUGCGGACAUCCUGGCCCUCGCCGCGCGGGACAGCCUCGUCCUGGUCGGCGGGCCUACCUACCCGGUGCUCACCGGCCGCCGCGACAGCGACGGGAGCUUCUACUACGAAGCGGCGGGCGGCGGGAACAUCCCGGCCCCGAACGCCACCUACGCCAUGACGCUCGACGCGUUCGCGCGCCGCGGCUUCACCGAGCGCGAGACCGUCGCGCUCCUAGGAGCGCACAGUAUCGGGAAGGUGCGGUGCAGGUUCUUCACGGACAGGAUCUACAACUUCGCCGGGACCGGCGCGCCGGACGACUCCAUCGAUCCGGACAUGGUCGGCGAGAUGCGGGCGGCGUGCGGCCGCGACGGCGGCGCGCCGAUGGAGAUGGGGUACUACCGGCAGGGCCGGGAGGUGGGCUUCGGCACGCACUACUACGCGGAGCUGCUGGAGGGGCGGGGCAUCCUGCGCGCGGACCAGCAGCUCACGGCCGGGAGCACCGUGCGGUGGGUGCGCGUGUACGCGUCCGGGUCGGGCGGCGAGGAGGUGUUCCGCGAGGACUUCGCGCACGCCAUGGUUAAGCUGUCGGCGAUCGCGCCGCUGACCGGGUCGGACGGGCAGGUGCGGAUCAGCUGCUCGAAGCCCGUCGAAGAGAACUGAACCGCAUGCUGGUAAUCGACUAUUGUCAAAUGUGCAUUUUAUGAGCCAAUAAUUGAUGUUUGACGCAACAUAUGUUAGUGUUACCACUGACUAGUGACCACUGCAAUAAUGAUAUUAUGAACA